AUCCUCGUUCGAGGCUCACUGCUUCACCGGCAAACUAGUGGGUAGUACACGCACGCGACACAGAUUUCAACUUGGAUUGUUUAGUUUCUCCUUCCUCACCUCUCUUAGUUCAUCCUUUCCUUUCGGAUUACCUUACGUUGAAGUUUAUCCCGAAACUCGACAAGAGACGCAACAUCGAAUCGGACGAACGUCGCGCGAGCAACGACUCGUACAGCCCCGAUCUGCCACCUGAUCAGGACGAGGAACAGGAAGACCAUCGCGUUCGAAAGCCUCGAGAAGCCGAGGGAAGAGGUACCGAGCGGUUUUCGUCAGGCGGACGAAGUCGGUGUCAACCAGCAAAAUUACCGGCCGCGGCGGUUGCGCCAAAUAUUGUGGAACAGCUCCAUCACCCGGCAACAUUUCAUUCUCCAGCUUUCGGCAGUCCUUCACCUCCAAUGUUAACUACCUGAAACGGAGCUUGUCUUCCAGGUUCUCGUCAGGGGAUUUGAGCUCGGAGCUCGACGAUGAACCAAGCACAGACUCUGGGCUGGCCUCCAUGGCCAGGGAUUCGUCCCAAUCGUAUCAAGCGACGCCGGACAGGCCGCUUCAGUCGCAACCGACUCCGGUACCACCAGCCAGUCAGCCACCGGUGCCUGGAGCACCGCCACCAGGCCCUCCUCAGCCUGUCGGCGGUGAUCUCAGCCUUAACCUGAGACCUGGAUCCAGGACCACCAGCGCACCCUCAUCGCCAGCGAAGACUCGCGAGAGUCUGCUCCAGAGGGUCCAGAGUUUGACCGGCGCUGCUCGCGACCAGGGUGCAUCGAUCCUGGGAGCGGCAGUGUCCGGCGCAACGAGGCCAUCCUUCAACAAGGACCGUUGCUUCACUCUUCUGGUUAUCGACGACCAGAACACCGACUGGAGCAAAUACUUUCGAGGUCGCAGACUUCACGGCGAUUAUGAGAUCCGCGUAGAACAAGCGGAAUUUCGAGAAUUGUCGUUGACAGCCAGCGAGGCUGGCACUGUCGUGUCCAUGGCAGUUUAUCGUAACGGGACCAAGGUCAUUCGAUCCUUCAAACCUGAUUUCGUCCUGAUACGACAAAACCUCAAGGACGCGGGGGAAGACAACAAGAACCUUCUUCUUGGAUUGAUGUACGGAGGUGUCCCGAGUAUUAACAAUCUCACAGCAAUUUACAACUUCCAGGACAAACCUUGGGUGUUCGCGCACCUCUUGGGUCUUCAGCGGCGCUUGGGAAAGGACAACUUCCCCCUCAUCGAGCAGACUUACUAUCCCAAUCAUCGCGAAAUGGUGACUGCAUCUCGUUACCCAGUUGUGGUGAAACUCGGCCACGCCCAUGGCGGAGUGGGGAAAGCCCGCGCCGAGACGAACCAAGAGUUUCUAGAUCUCGCCUCGUUGGCAGCUCUGGCGAACACCUACUCCACCUCGGAACCGUACGUCGACACCAAGUAUGACGUGCAUGUGCAGAAAAUUGGCAAUAACUACAAGGCGUUCAUGCGGAAGAGCAUAAGCGGAAACUGGAAGUCCAACACUGGUUCGGCGAUGUUGGAGCAAUUAGCCGUGAGUGAAAGACAUCGCACCUGGGUGGAUCACGUGGCUCAACUGUUCGGCGGGUUGGAUAUCUGCGCGAUCGAAUUGCUGGUUGGAAAGGAUGGUCGAGAGUACAUAAUCGAAGUGAACGACAGUGCUCUGUCGUUGAUGGGUGAUUCGCAGGAAGAGGAUCGUCGUCACAUCGCAGACCUUGUCACCGCGAAGAUGCAGGCAUGCUGCCGAAUUCCAAGCGUGUUGACGAAGACGACAUCCAGAGGGUCAAUGUCUGGCUCCAGUCAGGCAACGAGUCCCGUAGAAGAUCGCACGGCACCACCACCACCACCACCCACCGCACCGUUGGGCUCCCACGGAAGCAUGGGCUCCAUGGCAAGCAUAGGAAGCUUAGGAUCCGUAGGGUCCACGACUGCACUCGCGGGCGACGUCACUAGCUCCGACAGCCACCAUCAACUGCAACGCCGUGACUCUCAAGCAUCGCAAUCGAGUACGGUGAGCAGCGCUCCAUCCGUCGGCCGACGCCCAGAAGAACCCCCAACAUCCAGACUACCUUUCCACAGACAAGGCAGUCAGUCCCAGAGCGAAGACACGGAGGAUACCAUGAAGAACCUUCGAAAAACAUUCGCUGGGAUCUUCGGAGACAUGUAAACUCAUCGAACGGACGUACUGAAGCAAAGAAGAUCGUCUCGGAGAUGUACUGAUUUAAGUUAAACGAGAAUAGGUGUUAGGCGGUGAAACGA